AUGCGUCGUAUUGCUAAAGAACGGUCAUCUAGCAGCGACCAGCGAGCUUUGCACCAUCUCCCCGCACGACCCUUCCCCGUUUCCGACCAAACUUCUCGAGCCGACACCCCACCGUCAGAGGAAUCUACGAUGGACUACUGCCCGCCCGAGCUUCAUUCCUAUAUCGCCUACUUGGCUUGCCUGACCGACCAUGGUCCAACUAUUCGUUCACUAAGCCUAGUUUCUCGCUACUUCCACGACAUUUCUGCGCCUUACCUCUACCACACCAUCUCUCUCCAAAAUGAAGAAACCACUUUUUCCCUACUUCAAAAGCUAGACACCCUGGCGCCCAGCAGCAGACGCAACAUUCGACACUUUUUCCUCUCCUACCCUCAACCAAAAUCUCCACAACCGAAUGCCAAACUCCAAAAUGCCAUAAUCCGUCUGGUGACGCUAUGCGCACCGUCAUUGCACACGCUCACCCUCGACGCUUCCCAAAAUCUCGCCCAAAGCCCGGCGCUUCUCUCUCGGAUAUGGAGGACGCGCUUCCCCGAGCUCCGCAACUUGACCAUCAGCGGAUUCUACCCCUUCCCCACAUCCACGACACCGUCCCAACCCAACUUCCCCCGCCUCACCCAUCUCCACCUCCACGGCAACCGUAACCCACACGGACUACUCCAGUUUGGAGGCCUAUCAAAGUCGUGUCCCAAUCUCACGCAUCUGAAAGUGUCGGGCCUGUCUAUGGCCGUCACGUUCGCGAUGGAGCUGCAGGAGGCUAUGACGGCCUCUGGCUCGAGGGACGGUUCCCCCGCCGAAUCUCGGGAUAGCGACCCAUGGGACGACCUCCGCUUCUCGACAUCACCGCUCUCUUCUGCGAUCACAUCUUCACAGACGCCACUCCCUUCCUUAUCGGCGUUACCUCCCAAACUUACCAGCCUGACUGUCGAGCCGGCUCCUGAGCUAGAGGUGACUGGGAGGGGGUACCACCCCACCGCAUGGAUGAAGGAUCGUUCCAUGAUGGAGGCCCUACGGGGUAUAGCGAAGGCGGCGUGUAACGCCGAUGGAGAAGGGGAGACCUCGGGCGAAGACUCCUGUGGACUGCAGGGUGAUGUUCACGGCAUUAGCUACACCUUACUGAGUCGCCCUUCUCGACCCCGCGACUCGAACUAUUUCCGUGACGACUGGAGGGAGCAAGUCGAAGGAACUACCACCACUUGGUAG